AUGACUGAUAAAUCAGAUAAAAAUAAUUCCACUCGAGAGAGACCCACAGAUCAAAGUUCUCCAGAGAAAAUCUGUCAAAUUGGACAGAAGCAAUUGCAACAAAUAGAAAGGCAGCUAAAAUGCUUGGCAUUUCAAAACCCUGGACCACAGGUAGCAGACUUCAACCCAGAAACAAGGCAGCAGAAGAAGAAAGCCCGGAUGUCAAAGAUGAAUGAAUAUUUUUCUGUGAAACACAAAGUUAUGAAGAAGUAUGACAAAAGUGGCAGGCUAAUUUGUAAUGAUGCUGACCUGUGUGACUGCCUAGAGAAGAACUGCCUGGGCUGCUUCUACCCCUGCCCCAAAUGUAACUCCAACAAGUGUGGGCCUGAGUGCCGCUGCAACCGACGGUGGGUUUAUGAUGCCAUUGUCACCGAAUCUGGAGAGGUCAUCAGCUCACUGCCAUUUAAUGUUCCUGACUAG